AUGUCGAGAUUGUUGCUUGCUCUCAAAGUUGCUAUAGGCCUGCUUAUGGUCGAUUCGGUCAUCGAACUUGCAUUUGUCAGUAGCAUGGUCGCAUGGUUGCAUCGAACAGCUAGCAAAGGAUUCUUGUUCAACUAUGCCGGCUCAACAUAUCAUCUGGCCGGCGACCCGGUCCAUAUAAUGACUGACCAAGGGCAUACGAGUAACGGCGCCGCUGGAACUGCUUUCGUUCUUAUCGGGUUAGGUGGCAUACUCGCAUUAUUACUUCGAUCUCAGAAUAAAUAUGGCGGGCCAGGAACCUUCGCACGAUUUAUAUAUUACCUCUGGGUAUCGAUAAAUAUUCCGGCAAUCCUCCUUACCACCGGGGCACUCGCCUAUGUGUUCGCAGUUACAAACGCGCACGAGGGGCAAAGCAUCGAUGUCCCAUUAGCUACCACUCUCGAUGGUAGCAAGUACCCAUUGGAAUUCUGGACGCCACAGAAUUGGUUCUCGGCUGUUCUUCAGCUAGACCUAGUCGACGCGAGAGACGAUAUAGAAAGCUACGUACGCGUCAUGAGGGGGUGGCAGUAUAACCUAAUUCCGAUGUUCAUCGUUCAGCUUGGCGUUACUAUUCUUGCGGUAUGGGAAUUCCUCGGCUGGCGAAGGCAUGAGGCCUUUAUUCGUGGAGAGAAAUAG